GAAAAGAACCUUUGAAGACUCGAAUUGAAAUUCCUGGGAUAACAGAAAAACAGAAACUUAUUCAUUCAUGGCUCUGUGUCGCAUUCAGUGUCACCUUAAUCUCCCAUUCCCCUCCAAUGCGCCCCGUGUACCCUCCAUAGCUCACACUUCACCCCUUCCUACAUCUUCUCCUAUCCUCACUCCUUCUCUUUUCUCAACAACAACAAAAAAGAUCCCUUAUUCAAUUCUUCCGCGCCGCUCCUUUGGAACAACGACAGUGAAGUCUUCAAUGACAAUGGAGGACAAACCUCUCUCUCAAAACAAUCGCAUGCUCGUGUAUGUGCCUGCCCAUCCUUUGAUCAAGCACUGGGUUUCGGUACUGAGGAAUGAGCAAACUCCUUGUCCUAUCUUCAGAAAUGCAAUGGCUGAGUUGGGAAGGCUGCUAAUGUAUGAAGCCUCGAGGGAUUGGUUGCCAACUGUGUCUGGAGAGAUUCAAUCACCGAUGGGUGUCGCUUCAGUGGAGUUCAUCGAUCCAAGGGAGCCUGUAGCUGUAAUUCCAAUCUUGAGAGCUGGUCUUGCUCUUGCUGAACAUGCAGCAUCAAUUUUGCCUGCGACAAAAACAUAUCAUCUAGGAAUAAGCAGAAAUGAAGAAACUCUUCAACCAACUAUAUAUUUGAACAAGCUACCUGACAAAUUUGCAGAAGGGUCUAAAGUAUUUGUGGUUGAUCCUAUGCUGGCAACAGGUGGUACUAUAGUGGCUGCCUUGAAUCUCUUAAAGGAACGUGGAGUUGGCAACAAGCAGAUUAAAGUGAUAUCUGCAUGUUCUUCCCCUCCGGCUCUUGAAAAGCUGAGCGAGCAGUUCCCAGGGCUUCAUGUGUAUACUGGAAUAAUUGAUCCUACAGUUAAUGACAAAGGGUUUAUAAUUCCUGGCCUUGGAGAUGCUGGCGAUCGCAGCUAUGGUACAUGAUACAUGAAUGUUCAGUAUUGGUUUUUGCAUAAAUUUUGAUUUACUUAUCAAAUACUUCUCGGAUUAAUUUUGAACCAAUGAAGUUUGAUCCACCGCCUCUUUAGCGUUUUGGUUAUUAUCAAUGUUAUUCUGAUCGUUUUAA